UAGCCUGAGGGUUCAGCUUCAACAAUGCAACGGUAAUGUCAGGGCCCUGAUGCAACUAUUGUGAGCACGCUAACGUCCCGUAUGAUUUAUUCAUGAGAGGAGGCUGCAAAGCUGAGAAGGUGCAACGCCACCACCUGGCCCAACCCAAAUGGUGUGUGUGUGUGUUUGUGUGUUUUUAUUUUGCUACUAAUGCACAGAAAGUUCCAGUUACCGCGGAGUGCAGCAUUGUCCUUUAAGCACUACCAUGUUCAACUCUACUUUAAACUUCACCAGCACCAGAGGACCUCCACUUUGGUACCAGUAUGAAGUGUGCGCCGUGGCACCCUACGGCUUCAUUUUCUACUACGGCGUAAAGGUGUUCAACCUGGUGGUAGGCACGCCCUGCAACAGUCAGGUCAUCUGGCAGAUAGCCACCAGGAAGAGGGAUGCGUCCACCUCCGACAUCUUCAUCCUCAACCUGGCCUUGCUGGACGCCUACUUCUGCCUGAUGAUGCCCAUCGAGCUGAUCAACAGCCUGCUGCUGGACAACACGUCCAUUAAGUACAUGCAGAGGUUUGCAUACGGCGUCAAGGACACGGGGGUGUUUUUCUUGGUGUGUAUCUCUCUUGACCGCUACACGGCCGUGGUGCACCCCAUACUCUUCACCGGCAUCCGACACAACAAAAUCCGCAUUGGUAUAUCCGUGGUGGUCUGGGCCUUGAUCAUAGCCUACGCCCUGGCCAAGUCUAUCCUGGGAUCCAUGAGCGUCAACCCUAUCUUCAGCGGUGUCAUCCUCUUCGCCUUCGCAGUCAUGGUCCUGUGCAACAUCUCCAUCAUCUGGAUCCUCCGUCGCUCUGUGACGGGUAAAGAGGUGAUGCACCCGGUCAAGAAAAAGGCCCUCAAGAUGGUGCUGAUCAUCCUGGCCAUCAUCGUGGUCAACUACCUCCCCCCGGUGCUCAUGCCUUUUGCGCCCUACUACUCCAUUGUGGAGUUCCGCUGCCAGAUCAGCAUCAGCGUCUACUCCAUCAUGGACCUGAGCUGCAGCAUCGAGCCGCUUCUGUACAUCACCAAGAUGGAGUGUGUGGGGGCCAAGUGCUGUGGAUGCUGUGUUGCUAGGAAACCACACAAUGUCAGUGUCUGAAAGCUUAAAGGGGAACAUUAUCACCAGACCUAUGUAAGCCUCAAUAUAUACCUUGAUGUUGCAGAAAAAAGACCAUAUAUUUUUUUAACCGAUUUCCGAACUCUAAAUGGGUGAAUUCUGGCGAAUUAAACGCCUUUCUAUUAUUUGCUCUCGGAGCGAUGACGUCACCUUGUGGCGUCACCUAGGUAGUCAACCGCCAUUUUAUCAAACACAUAAACAUCGAGUCAAAUCAGCUCUGUUGUUUUCCGUUUUUUCGACUGUUUUCCCUACCUUGGAGACAUCAUGCCUUGUCAGUGUGUUGUCGGAGGGUGUAACAACAUGAUCAGGGACGGAUUCAAGUUGAUUUACGUAGACUGUGCAUUGAUUAGCACGGCAUGCAAAUUGAUGCUAUUUAGGCUAGCUGAAUGUACAUUUGUAGCUAUAUUUGCAUCCAGCGUUUCCCUCCACCCACAUUUAAUGCAAAACAAACACUUACCAAUCGACUGAUUUAAGUUGCUCCUGUGUCACAAGAUGCGAAAGUCCUGAUCGUUUGGUCUGGACAUUUUACCGGCGAUGCUAAGGCAGACAUGGCAGAGAUUUCCAACGUAAAGUCAACGAGAUCACAAAGGUGAGUUUUGUUGAUGUUAUUGACUUAUGUGCUAAUCAGACAUAUUUUGUCGCGUCAUGACUGCCAGCUAAUCGAUGCUAACAUGCUAUUUAGGCUAGCUGAAUGUACAUUUGUAGCUAUAUUUGCAUCCAGCGUUUCCCUCCACCCACAUUUAAUGCCAAACAAACACUUACCAAUCGACGGAUUGAAGUUGCACCAGUGUCACAAGAUGUGAAAGUCCCGAUCGUUUGGUCUGGACAUUUUACCGGCGAUGCUAAGGCAGACAUGGCACAGAGAUGUAUGGGUAUCAUGUAGAUGCAUUUCCAACGAUAGUCAACGAAAUCACAAAGAUGAGUUUUGUUGAUGUUAUUGACUUAUCUGCUAAUCAGACAUAUUUGAUCGCGGCAUGACUGCGAUCUAAUCGAUGCUAACAUGCUAUUUAGGCUAGCUGUAUGUACAUUUGUAGCUAUAUUUGCAUCCAGUGUUUCCCUCCACCCUGUCUUUAAUGCCAAACAAACACUUACCAAUCGACGGAUUUAAGUUGCUCAGGUAUCACAAGAUGCGAAAGUCCCGAUCUUUUGGUCUGCACAUUUUACCGGCUAUGCUAAGGCAGACAUGGCUGAAUAGCGUUAAUAACUAUUUGCUCAGUAGCUUCAGUUUCUUUUUCAAUUUCGUUUUCGCUAUCUGCCUCCAUACUCCAACCAUCCGUUUCAAUAUAUGCGUAAUCUGUUGAAUCGCUUAAACCGCUGAAAUCAGAGUCUGAAUCCGAGCUAAUGUCGCUAUAUCUUGCUGUACUAUCCGCAUGGAUAGCAUGUAUAUCACUGGAUGAUGUCACAGGAAAAUGGACAGUGGCUGCACAGAUAGCGAAAAUCAGGCACAUUAAAAAGCCUUUUUUCGGGAUAUUCCACGAUGGGUAAAAAAAAAUUUUAAACUUCGAAAAUUAAGCCAUGGGAACUGAUUUUUAUUGGUUUUAACCCUUCGGAAAUUGUGAUAAUGUUCCCCUUUAAUGUACAUAAGAUUAUUACCCGUUGACAAAUCAACCCUAGAACGAGGGUCGGCAACCCGCCGCUCUAGAGCCGCAUGCGGCUCUUUAGCGCCGCCCUAGUGGCUCUGGAGCUUUUUCAAAAAUGUAUGAAAAAUGGAAAAAAAUUAGGGUAAAAAAAUACAUGGUUUCUGUAGGAGGACAAACAUGACACAAACCUCCCUAAUUGUUAUAAAGCACACUGUUUAUAUUAAACAUUCUUCACUGAUUCACGUAAUUGGCGAGUGCCGUUUUGUCCUAAUAAUUUUGGCGGUCCUUGAACUCCCCGUAGUUUGUUUACAGGUACAACUUUCUCUGACUUUCUAGGACGUGUUUUAUGCCACUCUUUUUUCUGUCUCAUUUUGUCCACCAAACGUUUAACGUUGUGCGUGAAAACACAAAGGGGAGUUUUGUUGAUGUUAUUGACUUGUGUGUAGUGCUUAUCGGACAUUUGGUUCCUGCAUGACUGCAAGCUAAUCGAUGCUAACAUGCUAUUUAGGCUAACUAUAUGUACAUAUCAUUUAGUUUGCUUUAAAGGCCUACUGAAAUGAGAUUUUCUUAUUUAAACUGGGAAAGCAGGUCCAUUCUAUGUGUCAUACUUGAUCAUUUUGCGAUAUUGCCAUACUUUUGCUGAAAGGAUUUAGUAGAGAACAUCGACGAUAAAGUUCGCAACUUUUGGUCGCUAAUAAGAAAGCCUUGCCUGUACCGGAAGUAGCAGACGUGACGUCACGGGUUGUAGGGCUCCUUACAUCUGAACAUUGUUUACAAUCAUGGCCACCAGCAGUGAGAGCGAUUCGGACCGAGAAAGUGACAAUUUCCCCAUUAAUUUGAGCGAGGAUGAAAGAUUCGUGGAUGAGGAAAGAGUGUGAAGGACUAGAAGAAAAAAAAAGACAGGGCAGUGGGAGCGAUUCAGAUGUUAAUAGACACAUUUACUAGGAUAAUUAUGGAAAAUCCUUUAUCUGCUUAUUGUGUUACUAGUGUUUUAGUGAGAUUAUACUGUCGUACCAGAAAGUUGGAGGGGUGUGGCGACCGCCAGUGUCUCUGAGGGAAGCCACGCAGCUGCCUCUUUGACAGGUGCACGAGGAAAGACGAUGCGAUUAAAGCAGACUACUUAUAGCAGGGGGUCGGGCUGGAAAAACAUGUCCACUACAAUCCGAGACGUCACGCGAACGCGUCAUCAUACUGACGUUUUCAACAGGAUACUCAGGGCGAAAUUUAAAAUUGCAAUUUACUAAACUAAACCGGCCGUAUUGGCAUGUGUUGCAAUGUUAAUAUUUCAUCAUUGAUAUAUAAACUAUCAGACUGCGUGGUGGGUAGUAGUGGGUUUCAGUAGGCCUUUAAGUCCUCUUAAUUCAUAUCUCAUGACACACUAUCUGUAUAUAAUAUGGCUUUUAAUAUUUUGCAGCCCCAGACAUUUGUUUUUGUAUUUUUGGUCCAAUAUGGCUCAACAUUUUGGGUUGCUGACCCCUGCCUUAGAACUACUAUUUUACACACUUGAAAUGUAAACUUUUUUUUUUUAAAGAAAAUCCUGUUUUUCCCCUAUAAAAUAACUAUUUUAAACACUUAAUAUUUAGGUUCUGCAGCUGAGACAUGAGAUUUACAAUGUGUAUGAGAUUGACUUCACCAGGGGUCACCAACGCGGUGCCCGCGGGCACCAGGUAGCCCGUAAGGACCAGUUGAGUCGCCCGCUGGCCUGUUCUAAAAAUAGCUCAAAUAGCAGCACUUACCAGUGAGCUGCCUCUAUUUUUUUGAUUAUAUUUAUUUACUAGCAAGCUGGUCUUGCUUUGCUCGACAUUUUUAAUUCGAAGAGAGAUCAAACUCAAAUAGAAAUUGAAAAUCCAAGAAAAUAUUUUAGACUUGGUUUUCACUUGUUUAAAUAAAUUCAAUUUUUUUUUUUUUACUUUGCUUCUUAUAACUUUGAGAAAGAGAUUUUUUGAGAUAAAAUACAACAUUAAAAAUGAUUUUAGGAUUUUUAAACACAUAUACCUUUUUACCUUUUAAAUUCCUUCCUCUU